GCAUUGCGAAGGUGCUUCGUANGAGUCGCCUCAGCUGCAGAUGGUCAUGCCACAGUCUUCUCAGACAGAAUGGUCAUACCAGUCUGAAUCCAUGACCAAACCUUGCAUCGUUGUGGCUACUGAGGCACCACCAACCAAAUUCACCCUUCCAGAAGUGCAGGAAUCUCUCACUACAGAGUGUUCACCAGUCACCUCAAGUCUGGCAGACGCAGCAAAAGAUGUGAUCACUUCACAAGUGAAACCUGUUAGAGAUGAUAGUUCAUUGAAAGAGGGGGAGCCCACUUCUGAAUCUUCCAGUUCAGCAGCUGCUUUUGAGCCCAGUCCUGCUGUACAGUCUGUGAAGACACAGACAAAGACAAAUUCAACCCACACAGACUCAACGUCACCCAUCUCCUCGAACGAAUUUGCUACUGCAGAUUUUUACUUUGAAGACUCCAUGCCUUCUCCAAUGGCAGAUUCUCCUAUAGAUAAAACUGAGGAGGAAGAGAAGGAGAAAAAAAUGGAAGAUGUGAAGCCUGAUAGUGACACUGUUGCUUCCCUCCAGGUGGAACUGGCUGAGAAAGUGGCCCUGAUUCUGAUGCUUGAGCAGAAGUUGAAGGAGAAGGAUGUCCAACUGUCAGACAGUGACAAACUGUCCAGUCAAAAAGGCUCUAGCACCGAUGAGUCCUCAACACUGGUAGCCACAACGGACAUUCUCGACAUGACAGCAGCGUCGUCAGACUCUGGGGAAGUUGUCAGCGGAGAUUUCUACAGUACAGUGUUCGAUACAAAAACAGAGACAGCAGCCAAGAGUUCCACAGAUGAACCUGAUGAAGAAAACAAGCUCGUUAUUGUCAGAGAGGGUGUUGUCUCAGGUUCUGAGAAGGAUGCACUAGAGAGCCCUACUUCAUGCAUACGUUGCAGUGCUGAGA